AUGCCUUUGACUCGACGAUUUGCCACGGAGCUGUCCUAUGAAUGGCAGACUCACUGCAUCUGCUAUAAAGACCUGCAACGCGAAGCUGAAAAUCUGGUUGGAGACUAUGAUGAAGAGUUAGAGAUGGUGUUCAAGUUCCAUCUCACAGUUGCUAUAGAGCAGGCCAACAACUUCUACCUCACCAAGGAGACACAUGUCAAAGAAUGCCUUGAGGAUGUGAGCAAGGCCGUAGAUGCUGUGGCCGAGGUUCAUUUGGAGAGGGAGGCAAAGCACUUGCCCCCGGCCAUGGGACGAGGAUACACCAAGAUGCUCGGCAAGAGCCCGACAACAAGCACCGAUCAUCUCUGGGCUGCAAUUCACUUUGAG